AGUAGAAAACGGACUGCCGCUUGAGAGAGCAGGAGAGAGGUAAAGAAAAAAAAGCAGUGAAAUGGUAUAAAACUCGAGCCAGUGCAAGCCUAGUAAGGGGGAAGACGAGGAGGGACAACGCCAGAGGAUUAUUGUUCUGUCUGUAAUUACCGUCAAAGUCCUGUAAACUCCCGCUUUUUGAUGCUGUCCUCACGGAGGUUUGAGCCAAUAACGGACUUAUUGGUCGGCUGAACCAUGCAGAGGCUGCUCCUCCUGAGUUUGGUGCUGAGUUUUCAAACUGUUUGGACAGCGAGAUUCUCUCAGGAGCCAGCAGACCAGUCGGUGGUGCGGGGCCAGAGGGUGAUCCUGUCCUGUGUUGUAUUCAACUAUUCUGGCAUUGUUCAGUGGACCAAAGAUGGCUUGGCUCUGGGCAUUGGAGAGGACCUCCGAGCCUGGCCCAGGUACCGUGUGCUGCGGGUCCAGGAGUUGGGCCAGUACAACCUGGAAAUUCUGUCAGCUGAUCUGUCCGAUGACUCCCUGUAUGAGUGCCAGGCGCCAGAUGCUGCCCUGAGGUCCAGAAGGGCCAAACUCACUGUCCUCAUCCCCCCAGACGACCCAGUGAUUGAUGGGGGUCCGGAGGUACUGCUGAAUGCAGGGGAGUCCUACAACCUGAGCUGUGUGUCUCGAGGGGCAAAGCCGCCCUCCAUGAUCGAGUGGCUCAAAGAUGGUCUACCUGUGGAGGGGGCUAACAGCAUCACUGAAGUGCUUCCAGACAGGAAGCGGGUGACCACACGGAGCUAUCUGCCUAUCCAGCCGGUUGACACCGAUACUGGGAGGAACUACAGCUGUGUGGCCACCAAUCUGGCUGUUCCCACUGGCAAAAGCACAACCGUCACUCUUAACGUGCACCAUUCACCAAUAGUGACCUUGUCCAUUGAGCCUCGCUCUGUCCUAGAAGGGGACAGAGUCACUUUCACCUGCCAGGCUCACGCCAACCCUCCUAUCAUGGGCUACAGAUGGGCUAAGGGCGGCGUGGUGCUGCAGGGUGCCAGGGAAAGCGUGUUCACCACCAAGGCCGACCACUCCUUCUUCACCGAGCCGGUUUCAUGUCUUGUUUUCAAUGCUGUGGGAAAAACCAACGUCAGCAUCUUGGUGGACGUUCACUUCGGUCCAAUCCUGCUGGUGGAGCCACAGCCAAAAACAGUAGAUGUUGACUCUGAUGUGACCCUCAACUGCAAAUGGGCUGGAAACCCUCCGCUCACACUCACCUGGUUCAAAAAGGGUUCAAACAUGGUUCUGAGUAACAGCAAUCAGCUGUUUCUGAAGUCGGUAAGCCAGGCGGAUGCUGGCCAGUAUGUAUGCAAGGCUAUCGUCCCACGGAUUGGAGUAGGAGAGACUGAGGUCACGCUCACAGUCAACGGCCCACCCAUCAUUUCCAGUGAUCCAGUCCAGUAUGCCGGGAGAGGAGAGAGAGGAGAGGUGAAAUGCUACAUAGCUAGUACACCUCCUCCAGAUAAGAUAGUGUGGGCGUGGAAGGAAAACGUGUGGGAGAAGGAGAAGGGGACGCUGCUGGAGAGGUACACAGUGGAGCAGAGCAAACUGUCAUCUGAGGGCGGUGGCGUCCUCUCCACCCUCACCAUCAACAACGUGAUGGAGUCCGACUUCCUGUCCACUUACAACUGCACGGCCUGGAACUCCUUCGGCCCGGGCACCAUGAUCAUCACGCUGGAGGAGACCGAGGAGUUUCCAGUGGGGCUAAUAGCUGGUGGGACCGUGGGCUCUACCAUCUUCUUGUUCAUAUUCCUGCUGGUCCUCGUUCUCAUUUUCUACCGGCAACGCAAAGGCAGUCGGCGCGGGGUCACGCUGGGUAAGCCCGACAUCAAGGUAGAAACGAUAAACAAGGAGACCCACAGCUUAGAGGAGGACUCCGGCAGCGUGUCCACAGCUUCGCGCAUGGUCAAGGCCAUGUACUCGUUUCUCCCCUCUGUGUCCUUCUCUCCUUCCAAUCAGCCCUUUAAAGAUGACAUAGAGCUCAAGUCUGACCUCCGCAGUGACACCCUGGACACCCGCCAGGAGUAUGACCUCAAGGACCCCACCAAUGGCUAUUACAAUGUGCGAGCCUCCACCCACGAUGAAGUCCGUCCUGCCUCCCAUUCCACCAUGCACUACUCUGACUACCGCUCCCCCACGGGAACACCAGGGGGAGCUGCAUCUAUCAGCAGCAGCACCGGUGGCUCAGGUGCCACAGCCAGCGGAGGAGCCCCAGGGCCCCCUGGCCCCCUCACGUCACCCGGACGCCCACAAGCCUGCUACGACCCGCGACCGCCUUCCAGACUGUCCCACAUCAGCUACGCCCAGUUCAACACCUUCACCCGCGGGGGCCAGAGCCAGCAGCCCCCGGCUAACCCUGCCCCUGCCACCAGUGAAUUCCCUGGAGACUGCAGCCUCUUGGACUCCACUUCCCAGCUGGCCUACGACAACUAUGGAUACCCCUCGCACUACCAGACCUACCGAAUGGGUUUUGCACCAUCCAGCUUGGCUCCUCUGGAAGCCGGCCCGUCUUAUGAGAUGUACGGGGUAGGAUCUGGGGUGGGCAGCCCUGGGGUUGGGGUUGGCCCAGGAGGCCCAGCUCCCUCGGGAUCAGAGACUGGACUAGGAAAGUACGGCAGCUCCACUCGCUUCUCCUACACCUCACAACACUCUGACUACUCCCACAGCCGGCACACACAGCGGAUGCAGACUCACGUGUGAGACAGAGAUGCAUACCCGCCUCACAGUCUUAGCUGCGCAUGAGGAAGCAUCUUAUAAAUAGAGUCACACCUGAAAACACUCAGUCACAAAUUGACAUGCACACAUUAUCACACACUAACAUGAACACACCCUACUAAACACAAACACAACUACAGAAGACAAAAAAAACAUGACACACACACACACACAGGCACAAAGUCAGACAACCAUGCCCGUGAGACGGAGGUAGGGGAAACAAGCAAGGAGCGAGCAAAAGAGAGGGUGGAUAGGAAGGAGCUUAAUGAGACAGGGAAGGGAAAUUCCACAGUCUGGAAUUCCCUCACUCCCGAUGCGUUUGUAAAUCUGAGCUCUGAAAGAGCGGACGGUGCAAGUCACAAUCAAGAUGGGUAAUGAGAGCAAGAACCCGAGAGAGGACAAGAGAUCGCUGAUCUUUGGAGCCCAUAGCCUUUGCUGUGAACUGACGUUGUAAAAUGAUGAGAGAGCGUCUUAAAAGCAAACUGAAAAACAUAGUACAAACUGAUCGGAAGAAACCUCAACCGGUGGAAGUCAUUCCUGGCCGUCAUUUUAACUUUCCUUUUUGCUGGUUGACUUAUUCAGUGAUCAUAGAGCACAUAUACAUAGUAGCCCAGCGCGCCCUUGUGUACAGUGGCACUUGGCCGUCAUGCCUGUCAGGCAGGGUAGGGGACUGUUGGGCUGGGGAGGGGCGGGGGGGCUCGGGGGGGUUGUCGUCAUUUUGCACUGCAUCAACAGUAUUCAUGCUUAGACGUCUUAGACAUCUAUAUCUGUGUUAUGUCUUCUUUUUAUUUGCACACAAGACUAGAGCUUUGUAUUCUAUUUUUUAACAUUACAGAAUUAUUUUUGUCAGUGUAAAAACAUGUAAUGUGUACGUACGGACCAAAACUUUGAACGAGAGCGCACGUAGCUCGGGCCUGAGGGAAAUCCACUGAGACAAGAGUGCCAACAGAAGAGCCUGAAUUCAGGUUGUGUUUCACAUCAGAAGGCUGUAUCAGUGUAUAAAAGAAACCUAGUGCCAAGUGUUCAUGUUGUUCUUCACCUUAGACCAUGUAUAUGCAGUAGAAGCUCCUACUAUUGGCGGCUGUUGCUUUACAAACCAGGCUUGGGGGCCUUGAGUCAUUCCCAGACAGUUUUUUGUAGGUUGGAGCCUUUAUCUCCGAGCUCCGAACUACAAGCCUGGUGCAGACGGAGAGAGAAAACACAGAUGUUGGGUUUAGAGUGGCCUUAUAGAGGAACAUGUCAUACAUUUCCAUUUUUGAAUCAUUCCUCAUCGUCCGUCUGCCAAAAAUGGCCAGAGGAGAAUGUGUAAGGAGAGGUUUAAUGAAGGCUUGUCCACAAUAUUGACAUGUAGUAGUGUAUGACUGUGAGCGUGUGGGCGUGCGAGUGUGUGUGUGUGUGUGUGUGUGUGUGUGUGUGUGUGUGUGUGUGUGUGUGUGAGAGAGCGAGAGAGAGAAGGAUCAAGGGGGAGUGCGUGGGCGUAGGCGCGCACAUCGAUUUGUACAGCGUGUUUGUAUAGAUGCGUGAAUGACUGCGCGUGUACGGGAAGCAUACUUUAAACACGCGGCGCCCCAAUCGGAGCGCUCGCGUCACUAUUGUAUGCACUUGCGUGUGUGCAUGUCUGUGUCUAAAAGUGUGUGGGUGUGUGUGUGUGUGUUUAAAGUAUACGUCCAUAUCAUUUCUCUCACAAUCCUGUUACAGUACUUUUAUACCUCUGGUAGGACUGUAUCCUGUAUUAUUGUGUCUUUGAAUUUAGAAAAAUCCAAUGUUUAUCUUAUUGUACUGUUCUUCGUAGCAGAGAAAACUGUUCAAAAGAUGUACAACGAACGUUAUCAAACUCUCAUUUUUUAAUUUCAUUACCUUCAAUAUUUUUUAAAAAUGGUAUGUAAUUAUUUUUCCACAGUAUUACAUAAAU